AUGCCUGCAGGCUGUCUUCAUAAAAAGAAACUGGCAAAAAGACCUGGAUACAUGAGGCCAGAAGCUCAGCAACAGACAGAGUUUCAGUCCCUUGGUGCCUGCAAGCUGUUCAACCCAGAAGAGCUCAAACAUGGCAGGCAGCAUUGUGGAGACUUCGAGAACUGCUUUCUAUGCAGACAAUGCAAAAAUAACUUUGAAUUCUUACACUGUAGUUCAAUUGCAAAUAGUGCCGUAGUUCCCGCUAAUGAAGAAACAACGUUGGCCGCUGCUGGAGAUACGCCAGGUAGCUGCAAGAAUCUUUCAUGUUACAAGAGUCCACGGUUAGAAAACACAGUGAUACCGGUUUAUCCUGCUGCAGCAACAAGCAAAGGAGGUGUUUCUGCUGCAUGCUGUACGCGGCGGAAGAGCCAUGGCGCUAAAGUGAGCGAGCCCCAAAACAUGUAUGCUUUGGAUCAGACAGAAGUGAAUAACAACUGUAAAUAUCAAAACAGAGAUGUUGUUACUCAUUCUGUUGGUACACAUAAUAGCUUUAGUUCAAGUUUCAGCUUCAUACAGCUCUCCCUGAACUUGUCCUCUGGAGUAAGCGAUGCUGAAGGCAAGUCAACCACCAAGGAAGCCGAGUACGUUCUGCAUCCCAGCACUGCAGGAAAUGUGCAGAAGCCAGACGAGACAGUGCAGACUCAUGAGCACUUGGGAGCUUUGCAUUGCUUCCCCAGGCCCAGAGAGGAUUUGGGGUAUGAGAAUAAGACCACAGCGAAUGAUAAACUACAGGACUGUGAGACUCUCUCUCUCUCGGAUACAGAUGCAACAUUUUCAUGUUCUACAGAUUCCUCGGAUGCAGCAUCUGCUGGCUCUUCUGUCACCUCAGGCUAUGAAAGUAGCUUUACUGUUAGUGACCAUAACUGGGAUACAUUGAUGAAAAAAUAUGAACCAGUGCUACAGGACUGCCUGCUUGUCAACCGCAGUACAUUAAAGAGAAAAUCCUUGAUCUUACGGCUUCAGAGGCUUCAGGAAAAAGCAGUAGAGGAAGAUGACUAUGAUAAAGCCGAUAAAUUUAGACGGAAACUGGAAGAGCUGGAGAAAGAGAAAAAUUCUUUAAAAUUUCAGCUUCCUUCAAGGCAUCCUUCAAUUAGCAGUUUUUUGGAUAGGUUUAUUACCCAAGUUCAAGCAGCAUUGCGCUGGGCUGCCGAUCACCGGGUUAGACAUGAAGAAACCCAGCUUUGGCACGAAAACGAACAUAAACUUUUGAGAGCCACUUACCAGGAGAGGAUGCAGAUUUUGGCCACAAAACGAAACCAACUUUUUCAAGAAAAAAAAUGGUUACAGAAAGAAAUUGAAGACCUCCGAGCAAGGUUGGCCAUAUUAGAAGCAAAAGAUCAACAGCUAAGAAGAGAAGUUGAAGAACAAGAUAGGCUUAUUCAGUCACAGGACUGUGAACUGACUGCUUUACUUGGCUGUGUUUCUUUGAGAGAACUACAGGAAAUAAGCAAGGCUGUGGAUGACACUUUAGCAUCCUCCUAUCAAAUUCCAUUCGGUCUGGAUCUUCCAGGGACAAUAAAGAGCCUUCAGGAAAAAGAACAAUUGUUCAGCAUGUCCAUUAAAGAAACUACUGCCAAAGUUUGCACGAGUCAGAAACUCUGCAGUACUUUGAGGAGGAAAGUGACUGAUAUUGAAACUCAGCUGCCAGCUCUAUUUGAAGCCAAAAUGCUUGCUGUUUCAGGAUGUAAUUUCGGUGCUGCAAAGGAUCUGACAGAAGAAAUAAGAUCAUUAACAUCUGAGAAGGAGGGGCUGGAAGGACUUCUCAAUGAACUAUUGGCUCUGAAUGCCAGAAAUGUCCGAAAAUUAGAGAGAAUUAAAGAUGAUUACACCAGACUGAAACAAGAACUUGAACAAGGAGAGGCUGCCUUUGUAGCCAGUCUAAAAGAAAAUGCUGAAAAGUAUAUGGAGAUGCUGGAGGAUAAACUACACAGCUGCGGGAGCCAGCUGCUCCAAAGAGUGUGGGAAGCUGACUUGGAGGCCUGUCAGCUGUUGAUCCGAGGGUUUCAACUGAAAGAAACCAGUUGCUGUGUUCUUGAGGAAGAGGAGAACCAAAUGGAUGAGAUGGAGAUGACUGCUGAUGGCCCAUCCGAUUCUGAAAAAAGAAAAGAAGGUCACUUUCCAAAGGGCACAGAGUGGGGCACUGUUCCCUGCCCCAAACACAGCGAGUUAAAAGAGGUUAUGGAAGACAUUUCAUUUGGAGCAGAGGGUCAUUUAUCUGAGGAGUUCUUCAUAUUUUCUGCAGAGUUGGGAGAAAAAUGUGAAGCAAUAAGUGAGAAGUUGGUGCAUCUGGAAGAUGAACUGCAAACUUCCGCCUGCAGAGUUGAUGAAGGACUUGCACAGUCUCUGCAGAGGGAGAUCCAGGUGGUGAAGGAGACACUCCAGACCGUGCUGGUGCAACUUCAGCCAGCCAAGGAGGCAGGAGAAGAAAAGGCUGGAGACUUCCUCUGUGGCAGCUGGUGUCCAGGAAAACAAGACUUGAAGGAAUAAG